GGGCGCGCGCAGCUUGUGACCAUUCAGCGUACCGUUCCAGGCUAAACGGAAAAAGAAUCAUACAGGACCUUCCCUCUCAGCCAAUCAGCUUUUGCAAAGCGUACUAAGAAAACGUAAUUUCCGAUACUCUCCCAGCCGGUAGGGUUGAAGCAGGAGUUUGGAAUUGCACCACACUCUACCCGUUAAACAGUGUAAUAUCCGAAUACUUUGUUUUACAAAGUACUCACACCAUCAUGACUUUCGAUGUGAGAAGGUUAGAUAUCUACAGGAAGGUGCCUAAAGACCUGACCCAGCCUACGUACACUGGAGCCUUCAUCUCAAUAUGUUGCUGUGUCUUCAUGCUCUUCCUCUUCCUCUCGGAGCUGACUGGAUUCAUAGCUACAGAGAUAGUAAAUGAAUUGUAUGUGGAUGACCCCGAUAAAGACAGUGGGGGGAAGAUUGAUGUGAGUGUAAACAUCAGUUUGCCAAACUUGCACUGUGAUUUGGUGGGAUUGGACAUCCAGGAUGAGAUGGGCCGUCAUGAGGUUGGCCACAUUGAGAACUCCAUGAAGGUUCCCCUCAACAACGGCUAUGGCUGCCGCUUUGAAGGAGAGUUUAGCAUCAACAAGGUACCUGGAAACUUCCACAUUUCCACACAUGGUGCAACCGCUCAGCCCCAGAACCCAGAUAUGACCCAUAUCAUCCACAAACUGGCCUUUGGGGAGAGUGUGCAGGUACAAAAUGUCCAAGGAGCCUUCAACGCAUUAGGGGGGGCAAACCGCAUGGAAUCGAAUGCUCUAGCCUCUCAUGAUUACAUUCUGAAGAUCGUCCCAACAGUCUAUGAAGACCUGUCGGGGAGGAAGCGCUUCUCCUAUCAGUACACAGUAGCCAACAAGGAGUACGUAGCCUAUAGCCACACUGGAAGGAUCAUCCCGGCUAUCUGGUUUCGCUACGACCUGAGCCCCAUCACCGUCAAAUACACAGAGCGGAGGCAGCCCUUCUACCGGUUCAUCACUACAAUCUGCGGCAUUAUUGGCGGGACGUUCACCGUAGCGGGCAUCAUCGACUCCUGCAUAUUCACAGCCUCCGAGGCCUGGAAGAAGAUUCAGCUGGGCAAACUGUCAUGAGUGCUAACCCACCCAGUCCCGCACUGAUCUACCUAUUUAUACAAUUCAGACUCGCUGCAACACGUUCCCCACUCGCCCCUUAUUCCUGUUGAUGCCCUCCUUAAUGCAAAGAGUCAUUAUUGCCUGUAUCUGUCAUAUCGCCCCCCUGUACUACAUACAUCAAGUCUCCUGUGUAAAUUACCCCCCUCCCACCCCCUUAUUUACUUUCAUUUUCGAAUGCGAAAACAUUAUUGUGUGUUUAUAGGAUUUUCUUGAGUUUCAAGAAGGAUAUUUUCAGACGUAAUUGACUUUUAUUCAAUGUUUACGGUGCUCUGUGUCUGGAGUUGCCUGGCAUGAUGUGGAUUGAUGUGCGAAUACCGUAUUAAAUCAUCAUGACCAUGGUGCCAUUCCUUUGUGGACGCCAUGGAGACGUGUGUGUGUAUGUUAGAAGAGUACUGUUUUCAUACUUGGCAAAACUUCUUCCGUAAAAUACUCUUUUAGUACACCGAACUGCCAUACUCGUUCCACCUAUUUUGUAUUUAUACUGAGAGGCAGUGGAGUAGGUUAUUAAAGGGAUUUUGACAGGAAGUGUAGCACUUUUCUCAAUCAUUGGUCUGGAAUUGGGAGUUUGGGAAGAAGAUAGUCAGGCACUUAUCCCUUUAUUUGUUGGUUCUUUUAUGAAGUCAUGGUUUUGAUUACAAAGCAUCACUCACAGAAUGAGUCUAGGUCAUUUUUUUUAAAUUAGUGAUCCACGAGGUGAUGUUUAAUUAGUGCCUUCAAGGUCAUACUUUCAGAUGAAGGUCAUUCUGAUGUUUUGAAUAUGUUCAACCCACACGUAAUUGGUGGGUUUCAGUUCUGGACCCUGAACUCAACUGCAAGAGCAGGACUGUGGUUGUAGUUUAGUACACCAGCGCUAUGUGCUUGUCAGUAGUAUGAUGAAAUAGAGUACAUUUGAUAUUCCCUGGGACUGCCAUUGCCCCCUACUGCAGACCUUUUAGUUUGAUGUCUUGAUGUUUAAGUGUUACGUCAGAAUGAGAAAAAAAAUGACAAAAAAGUGAUUGUCUUACAGUUUGCCAACCAAAGCAUUGUCUGGUGUGAUAUUUUUGUAAGAAUAUUUUAGUGUCCAAAUUUUUUUUAAGAUUCUCAGUGAUCUGUGCUAAUGAAGGCGUACAUUGUUUUUACUGGAAAAUGUAGGUUGUUUGUGUCUUGCAUGUUUCCGAUCUGUCCUCAGCGGUUUCCUCUGCACUUGUGUAGACCUCGCCCUGCUGGACUACCCUGGCCAGAGCGACUGGGCUUUUUUACUUUCCGUUCCUGUUCACCGACUCCACUUUCUCGAAGUUCAGCAACUUCUUCUCCAGCUCCUAGACCGACCGAGUUUCAAGUUGACCCAGCAACCACAACAUCUGUGUCUCUUGUCUCCCGUGGCAACGGCAUAAGACUGGCCCACAGGCACGCUUUUGUACUUUCUGUCUUCCUCUCUGUCUGUCUGUCUGUCCAUUUAAGGAACUACAACCUGCAAGCAUUCAAAGAUGUAGGACACACACACCCGAUUUACAAACAACUCGUUGCCAUGUCGACCUGGUUCUGGUUUGUCUACCUUUUCCGUUGAUUAAAAAAAAAGCCACAUAAACAAA